AUGACUUCAUAUGAACCGUAUAAUGAUCGGUAUUCGUUUAAAGUAAUUCUUCCACAUCGUUCAAUAGAAAAAUCUCUACCGAAUCAAUUAUCCAUCUUCACUAUCAAUGAUCAAUUUCAUCAACGAGGAUCAACAUCCACCUUAUUUUCUUCUCAAGUUCCUCCAUCGUUUGAUACUGACGAGAAAUCAAGUGAUGAUGAUGAUGGUAGUUCGAUUCUUGACAUGCCACCUCGACGGAUUAAUCGAUUUUCUUCACAAACCAGUCGUAAACGUCGACGUAGUUCCCUUUUCUCACUCACAUUACAAAAACGAUCAUCAUCAACAUCAGCAGCAGCAGCAAACAAAUCUGAUGUUCAUGUUAUUCCUAUGAUCCCUGAACGGAUCACCAUUGCUCCUACAUCUUACAAAGAUUUGCGUGGUCGGACAUUGAUCCAUUUAGCUGCUCAUCUAGGUCAUAAUGAUAUCCUUCGUCUAUUAAUUAAUGAAACAUCACAAGCUAGUACACUAGCGAAUUCACGAGGACAAACACCAUUAUUAACAGCAAUUGAAGCAGGCUCAUCAAACUCUGCAAUUCUAUUAAUGGAAUGUGAUCCACGAUCAAUCAUUGUCACUGAUAAUCAAAGAUCGAGCGUUUUUCAUUAUGCAUGUGAAUAUUCUAAUGAUAUUGUACUCAAUCGAGCUAUUGCUCUUCUCAAACGACUCAAUUCAUCGAGUGAUCGACUCACUGGUUUGAAACGUAUAAUAGAACAAAAUUCUUCAGGUAAAACUCCAUUGGAUAUUGCUAUAUGGAAAGGUCACAUGAAAUGUGUGAAACAAUUUCUUCUUUCAUCUUGGCUUGAUACUCAUAUUGAUAUUCGAGAAUUAAUUAAUGCUGAUUCAUUAAAAGAUGCUAUUAAUCAUAAUCGACUCGAUAUUUUAUCGUUUCUUAUUAAUGAUACUAAACAAUUAGCCCACAUUAUAGAUUUACUAAUCGAUGUCGGUGGACGAUAUUUUAAUCUACUUGAAUAUGCUAUAUAUUUAAGAAAAAAAGAUGUCAUUCGAUUAUUUGUCACUGUUCGUAUUCCAGUAGAACAAUAUACCUUUCGGCAACAAUAUAAAUUAUUUUUACGACACUAUAAUCAACCAUUUAUUCAAUUAGGUUCAUCAUUUUUUUAUCAAACACCAAUUCAACGAAUGUUAACAACACCUGAAUGUAUUUCUUUAGUACCAUUAUUGUUAGAGCAAUUUGUGGAUAAUAAUGGCAUUGAUUUAUCUAUUAUUGAUGAUUGUCUCUAUAUUCAACCAGAAAAAACACGAUGUAUAUUUGGACGAGGAUUGAAUUUUUCAACCAGAGAUUGGUUAAAACAACAUCCGUUAACUUUAAUCGCAAAAGCAAAUUCUAAAAUUAUUUAUGAUCAUCAGUUAGUUCGAACGUGUGUUGAAUUAAAAUUUCAUCUUUUUGGAAAUUUUCUCUAUUUUCUUAUUCUUGGUUUUCAAUCAUUGUAUGUCGCACUCUAUACUGGUAUUACAUUGGGUUCACCAACACCGACGAAUCAAGGUACAAACUAUUACCAAAUGGCUAAUUAUUCUUGUAAUGCUUUAUGUACCACAUUGAUUAAUGAUCCAAUCCAUCCAGCACGAGAUCAAUCAGCAAUUCGUGUAUUUCGUUUUAUUUUAUUAAUUAUCUCUUGUUUAGGUUUAUUAAAAGAAUUUUAUCAAAUGUUUACACAACGAGAAAAAUAUUUUCAUCGUUUUUAUAUUAAUCUCAUCGAAUUACAUAUUUAUGUUAGUGCCAUAAUCUAUUCUGUUGAUAUAAACGAAUGUACACGUCAAACGGGUAUUCGCUGUUCAGCUCAAUGGAUGACCGGUGGUAUAGGACUUCUUUCUGUUUGGACAUCAUUAUUAUUAGUUUUUAUGAAUGGAAUUAAAUUUGGAAAAUAUGGUCUUCUUUUUAUCACUGUUUUUACAACGUUUCUCAAAUUUAUAGCUGUUUAUAUAUUUAUUUGGAUUGGUUAUAUCUUAGCAUUUUAUAUGCUUUGUAAAGAUAUUAUGGAACAAUUUUUACCUUUUAAUUUUAUACCAAAACUAUUAGUUAUGUUCAUUGGUGAGUAUGAUAUUGAUGGUACAUUUUUCCUGGAUAAUAAUCAACUGAUGCCAGGUGCAGAAGGUGCACUUAUUCUUUAUAGUGCAUAUAUUUUUACCAUGUUCAUCGUAAUGAUGAAUAUUAUGGGUGGUCUUGCUGUAGCUGAUGUUAAAGAAUUUCGUCUUAAUGCAAAACGAGAACAUUUAAGAUCUCGUAUUGAUGUUAUUUUAGGAUUUCAAGCUUAUUUAGGUGGAUUUUGUGAAACAAUUGGUUCAAUUACAAUGAAAUUAAGUAGAAAUCGAAAAUGGCGUUAUUUGUUGAGCAAAACUAAUAUGAUGCUAAUGAAAUAUCAACUAGAAAAACUUCAUAUAACAUCAGAUCCUGUGAGUAUACCUUAUCAUAUCAAUGCUUCACCAUUCAACAUGCAAGCAGGACACGAACAAAAUCCAGAACGUUCAGCAGUUAUGUCUAUGAAUGAAGGAUUCGAACAAGUUCGUCCACAAACAGGUUAUUAUGUUCUUUAUCAGACUGUACGAAAUACUUCCUUGUAUCAUGAAGAUGAAAACAUGAUAUUAUCAAGGAAAAAUGAUGAAAUCAAAGAUACUUUAGAAGAAUCAACUACAAAAACAAAUAAUGAAUUAAGAAAAAUUGCAUUAGAUUUACAAAAUGAAUUAGAAGAUAUUAAACGAAAACUUACUAAAUAG